GUUAUCUGCUGGAUCCUAAUGGAGAAAAAUGUGUAACCGCACCUCGUCAAGUUUCUGCUCUACACCAUAAAGAUAUCACUGUGUCCUUGGUCUCUGCAAGCGAUGGCGCUACAGUAUGCGUUACUGAACGAGGAGAUAUUUAUUUACUUGCAGACUAUCAGUGCAAAAAGAUGGCUUCAAAACAGCUGAACCUUAAAAAAGUUCUUGUUAAUGGGGGAUAUUUGGAAUAUAAGGUAGAUACCCAGCAUCUUAAAGAAAAUGGGGGUCAGAAGAUUUGCAUUCUAGUGCUGGAUGAAGCUGGAAGAGUGUUUUGCUGGAAGUCAUCUAACAACUCCAUGAAGCAAUGUCGUUGGGUGUAUGGCCGGCAAGUCUUCAUGUCUGAUGUUGCUUUAAAUAGGAAUGAAAUAAUGUUUGUCACACAGGAUGGUGAAGCCUUUACAGGGAAGUGGCUGGAAGAAGGGAAAAAAAUCUCAGAAAAGAAAGAACUUGUAUCAAGCCUCCAGAAUUCUUCAUGUGACGUGUCUUGUGAACAUGAUACAAACAGUGUGUAUGAAAGAAUUCGACUUCAGAAGCUUACUUUUGUCCACCGCGCUGUUAGUAUUGCCACCGAUCCUAGUGGUUGCAAUUUUGCUGUUUUGCAGUCGGAUCCUAAAACAAGUCUCUAUGAAAUUCCAAGUGUGUCAUUAUCAAGUUUUGGAGAGGAUUUUGGCAAACUGUUAGAUGAAACAGAUGAAAUGGACAGCAUCCAUGAUGUGACUUUUCAGAUUGGCACAAGAACUUACCCCGUGCACAAAUACAUCUUGGCUGUACGCUCUGACUUCUUCAGGAAGCUGUUUGUUCCCAGUGACAACCAGCUAGACUCUCCAGACAUCUACCGUAAAGAUGAAGAUGCUGUUGGAUGUGAUCUUUAUGUAAUAGAGAAAGUUCAUCCAGAUCUGUUUGCAUACCUUCUGCAGUUCAUAUACACUGAUACUUGUGAUCUUUUGACUCAUGGUUAUAAACCAAAAAUCCUGCAUAAAGGAAAAUCGGAAGAAUAUCAAGAUACUUUAAUUUCUAACCUGAGCAAAAUGAGUUUUGAUGAAAAUGUUAAUGGAAAGUCUGCAUUUGAGAUUUACAGAAAUAAUCAAGUGCAAGUUAUAAAUGAAAAACAGAAGAGCAAAUCUAAAAAAGGCAAAGUUGUUGGUGAAGAAGCUAACCUCAUAAAAAUGUUGCAAAGCACUGCAAAGAAGUUUGGACUCAGCAAUUUAAGUGGAAGGUUGGAUGGAGUCAGGUUAGAAAAUGGAAAAAUUAAUGUUGUCAACAAGAAGAAUGGGAACAAACCAAAGUUAAAUCAGAAGAAAUGUUCAUACCUCUGCGACGUGACCCUGAAAUCUUUAGAUGGAAAGGAAUUCCCAUGUCAUAAGUGUGUACUUUGUGCAAGACUCG